AUGCUGUGCGGUGGAGACCGUGAGAAGGGGGAUGUGGCGAUGGAGGAGAAAUGGGACUAUGUGAACUUGGAUGACUUCAAAUCUGAGUCUUGCUGGACCCCCUUCUCCUAUUUCUUCAUAUGGUUGUUCCUAUUUAUCUCGAUUGCAGUCUACGGUGUUGAUACAUUCACUGCAGUCAACUUGCUGGCUUUCUCUCGAUGGUCCGGCAGAGUCCAACCCGCCAUUCCCUUCAAUAUCUCCCGGUGGAUCUUCGCUGCCUGCAUCAUUGCUUCUUUCAUUCUUUUGGCCUACAGAUGGAUACAUGCCAUCCGCUCCAUCCGCUCGGGUAGUAUUACUCGCAGCUUUCUAGACCCGUUGGCUGUGCGUAUCCAAAGUAUUCGCCUGGGCAAGCGGGGUCGUGGAUACAGGAGAUUCCUUGUCUUCGCUGAAUUAACGAAAGACAGGAAAGCAGCAGAAUAUGUUGCUCUGUAUGCGUACUUCUCUUUCCAGUUCUGGAUGAACACGAUCUUCGCAGAUGGCCCGCGUCAAGUUCUCAAUGCCAUCACUCUCUAUUCGGUCAUGCAAAUGGACCUCAUUCCCGGGGGAAAGAAUGCAGCCCACGACGAUGGAACUUCCUCAGUUGAUCAAUUCUUCAACAACGUCAAGAUUUUGGCCGAGGACAACAACCUUCAAGCCGUGGUCUUGUUUGGCAUGCUUUUCACCCUGGUCGUUUGGGUCCUAUCGGUUCUGAAGUUGAUAUCGGCUAUCGUACUUUAUUUGAUCUUCCUCUUCCACCAUAUCCCAGCGGAAGACGGUUCUCUUUCGAAGUACUGCCGUCGGAAGGUCGGUCAACGUCUGAAGCGUAUCGUGCACCGCAAGAACACGAAGGCCCUGGCGAAGGGACUCAAAUUACAGAAUCGAGCACCCACUCAGCCAAUGCUGGCCAUGGAUUCGAACCCGACCCUGCCGUCUUUCGCCGAAGAUAAGCACCCCACAGUGGCUUCUUCGUUGUCGCGAAGUACCACUCAGACCACCUUGCCGCCUUACUCGCGAUCGGCUUCGAUAGCGCCGACGGCCAACCCGACACUGCCGAAUCUGGAAUUAGAUGCCAAACCGACACUAACUCGAACUGGAACUUCAUCUUCAGCAAUGUCCGAGUCCGCUUCACUGACGAGCAAUGCGGCCGGAAUGGGAUACAGUCCUCUUGAUGGCCGGAGGCCGACGCUUCCCCCAGUACCUCCCUUGCCCUCAAACGUUCCGUCACGGAUGGCCACUCCUCACUCCCGAGGAACUCCUGCGCCAUAUGAGAAUGAUGGUCGUAAUAGCCCCGGUCCUGGAUAUCGCAACUUGACUGAUAGCUCUGAUUCUCGGUCAUAUCAGAGUCACACUCCAGCGCCUGAUUAUGCUUCGGCUGAAAUGGACCCUUCCGAUUACCACGACUAUUUCAACCGUGACGAUGCGCCUGCUCACUACGAUCCCUACGGGCCUCCGAGGGGUACAUUCAGGGAAGAUGACGGUUAUGGAGGAAGAUACGGGACUCCUGGUGACCAGAGAGGCGCGCCUCGCGCACAGCAGGAUUACUACCCACAGGAUCCAUAUUCAAACAGGUCCCACACACCGGCUAGCACUGCGCCUGUUCCCUAUCGGUCCUACACACCGGCCAGCACUGGCGGGACGCCUGCUCCCUAUCGGUCCAACACCCCGGCAAGCCAUCGACCCACACCUCCCCCACAAGCCGCAUUGGCACAGCCUCCACCAAGGACGUUCACUCCGAUGAGUUCGGCAACUCCCGCUCCUCAAAAUGGUGGCUAUGCAGCUUUCAACCCGUCAAUGGUUCACCAAACACCCCAGCCUCGCUCCCAUGGGCCUCCCGGUCCAGGCGGCUUUACUCGAGCAAACACCGCUUCCCCCUCGGCCAUGCAUCGUGCUCCACCUGGGCACACAUUCACCCGCUCAAAUACUCAUCAAUACUGA